ACAUCAAUUGUAGCCAGGGCACCAGAGGCACACAGGGUGAUGGCGGUGGCUAGGAUAGAUUUGAGUUGCAUCUUGGUGGUUUUGUAGUGGGGUCUGUUGAGCAAAACUGGGCUUGACUGUGGUGGUGGAUGUUUGUCUAGUGGGGGGUACAGGUCAUUUUAUAGCAACCUGAUGACUGCGGAAUAUUAUCUCCCAAGGGGGAUUUGGUAUGUGACCUGCCAUGAAAUGCACCCUCCAGGGCUGAGCUGUCGGGAUAUCAGAUAUGUCUCUUGGCAUGGAUGGCCUUGCAUGGAUUCCCAGACUUCAUUGGAUACUCUGGUUUGCACGUGGUAAUGAGAAGUGAUACAGGACCAAUUGGUGUGAGUAGGAAACAUUUAUCUUCUUCGGAUGCAGUUGUAAGUCUGAUCUGUCUCGGGAUCGGCGGACCCUGGCUGCUGCGGACUGAGAUCCCCGCGCUUCCACGGGGCCACGUCGUCAUAAGGCAUCCAGUCCUUACCGCGCUUUUUCUAGUAACGAUAUAUGCCAGGCCUUACGGAAUCUUUUUCCAAGACUUUCAGACUAGAUAUAAAAUGCACUGCCUCCGAGAUAUGCAAACUGCAACCCAUCCUGAAGAAUGGGUAAUUCAGUUUCGAUUGACAGCCUAUGUGGGAUGGUCGGGGAAAAGACAUCCUUCCCGAGGAACGCUUAAUUUAGACGUGGCAAAUCCUAUCAUGGGAAGGGGGAUAUUAUCAAAUGCAAUGGAUAGAAGAUUGCCAUCCUUAAUCACAGUUGUGCGUCAUUGGACGCCUCAUGUAGGGCGUUCUGGGAGGCCUAAUUGGUAUGCCUAUAGCAGGGUAUCUUGGCCAGGAACAUGCCAAAAAUAAAUAUAACAAGACAGCAGACCACCUAUCGUAGGUAGGCCGGUUAGGCGCCUCAUUCAGCUUUUUCCCAAGA